CAGGGUUGUAAAGAGAGGGACCCGAGACCCAGGUGUUUGUUGAAGGAAUAAAUCCACUCGUGUGUGAAAAUGCCGGCUUCCUGAUACCUUUCUAUUGCAGAACGAGCGCGCGUAUUGUUGGAUGAGUAGCAGUUGGAGGGGUCUUAAAAUUGUGGAUAUAGUCAGUGUCUCUCAAGAGUUUUGUAAGUGAGUCCCAAGAACGAGGAGCUGCACGUCUGGACCCAAAAGAGAACGAAUGGGGAGUACCAAGAUGGAGGAAAAACAUCGUUAUGGGUGCGAAUAGCAGAAAUGUAUAUUUAAACGGAAUGGCUGCCUCCAGGAAGCUUGCAUCUUUCCACUUGCCUCCUUUGCCCACCAUCAGUGAACUGAUCAAGCUGUACAACCUGCGGGCGGAGAAACAGCUAUCCCAAAACUUUCUGUUGGAUUUGAGGCUCACAGACAAACUAGUGCGGCAGGCAGGCAAUUUGAACAAUGCCCAUGUAUGUGAAGUGGGUCCCGGUCCUGGGGGCUUGACCCGCUCCAUUCUGAAUGCCGGAGCAUCGGACCUACUUGUGGUGGAGAAAGAUUCACGCUUCAUCCCCGGAUUAAAGCUGCUGUCUGAGGCGGCGCCGGGCAGGUUGAGGAUUGUCCACGGUGACAUUCUUACCUACAGAAUGGACAGAGGAUUCCCAGGAAGUGUCUCUCAGCCAUGGGAGGACGAUCCACCAAACCUUCACAUCAUUGGCAACCUUCCCUUCAGUGUUUCUACUCCCCUCAUCAUCAGUUGGCUGGAGAACAUGGCCAACAGGACCGGGCCUUUUGCAUAUGGACGCACCCGACUCACUCUUACCUUUCAGAAGGAGGUCGCAGAGAGGUUAACAGCCAGCACAAAGAGCAAACAUAGGAGUCGUCUGUCCAUCAUGGCUCAGUACCUCUGCACCGUACACCACCGUUUCACCAUCUCUGGAAAGGCCUUCGUCCCCAAACCAGAGUGGAGGCCAUACAACAGGGGAGCGUGUGACAAGAACGUUCUGCCGUUCCUGAAUGACAAAGAGGCCAAAUUGAGAGCGCACACCAACAUGACCGAUCGACCGAUACAAUUCAGCACGCAAACGUGUUGUGUUGGUAUUGUGCUUCAUUGCCGUAUCAGCACAAGCAGUUCUGCAACACCUCCAAAGCUGCAGGCGCUGACCAUUGCAAGUGGCAUCUAUUCCUUUCAGAUCAGCUGCUCGCAGUUGCUCUGCACAUCUAUCGAUCUGUUUUUUUUGCAUGGCCCAAUCCUCUCUUCAGUUCCCCUGAAGAGACUAAAUAUUCAAUCUGAAUUAUAUUACUUAGAUGGUUCAAAUCACAUUCCUUCAAAUAUGUUGCGUUAGUUCUGUCCUACCGCAGCUCCCGGAAAAAGAAUCUUUCCACUUUUCUGCAGACGCAGUCGUAUGUGACCUGUCUCCUUGGAAGUGAUGAGAGCCUAAGUGCUGAUUCUGGUGUUGCUCUCCGGGGAAUUUGAUAAAUAAAUAAAUAGCUCUGAAAAGGAAGGUGGGUGAAGGUGCAAAGAGCGAAGCAGCAAAAUGCAGUUAACAUACAGUGGAGUAGUGCAGAUGUGUGACUUCGAUGUGUGAAGAUUUCACAGGCUAUUAAAAGCAUGGUCUCCCCAACCUGCCCCUUCUUUAUCACCUCACAGCAAAUCCCUCCAUCCCAGUCUUCCCGCAGCGCAGCCUGACCAGUUGUAUGACCCGCGUGUGCGUCUUUUGUCGUUCAAUUAGCAUUCCUCUCCUUUCUGCAGCCCCUUGUGUAAUUGGUUCCCAUGCUCGUUUUAGAAUGGCCGUUCGUCCGCAGCUGAGGUGCAAAGGUGUUACGUGAAAGCGCUUACGUCGCUGUCAGCGCCGCCUGCGCCAGGCCUGGCACGGCCUGUGCCCAGCGUGAAGCGCUUCAUAAAUGGGAUUCUGACAUUUUGCCGGUUGAAGUUGCACACCUCAACUGGCCAUGGAAAGUAGUUACCUGUGAUGAACAACUUUGGACAGAUUUUGCGAACUUGUAUGGGGACGGCAGUUCUCAAAGGAGCCGAUUCGGCCUGCCGUCCUCUUGCACGCCCUGGGCCAUUCGGUGGGAACUACGCUGGGCUGCCUGCUCAGGAAGCCAAAGCCCUUCCUCUGGAAAGCCCUCGAGCAACAUCAGACUUGUAUAAUAGGCUGCCGUCUCUGGUUGAGAGGCUGCCUUUUUUGUGCUUACGUGGGGGUGUUCUUCUCAAGGUGUCCUCAUGAUUAAUGUAAGUCUUCGUUUUUGGUUGCAACAUCCCGGUGAGCCGUUCUCCCACGUAUUCUCUCCCGGCUUCCUGUAAAUAGCUUCCCAGCUUUUCCUUCCUCUUUGCUUUUCCUCAUUAUGUAAGCGCAAUUGUUGGUGGGACAGCUUCCAAGGUGCCUUGCGCCCCCGGGCCUCUCCCAUCGCAUUUCCGUUCGACGGACGUGACAAAUUACAGCUCGCUCACUCACCCCUGGGUGAAAUGUCGUCGUGAUGCAGGUGGGAACGGGAGGCGGAGCCAGAGAACAAAAGAGCAAAGCGGUAAUAGAGAAUUGAACGGAGGAAAGGUCAAACGCGUGAAAUGUGGAAAAGUAUGUCUAUGUGGAUAUUGGACUUUUCAAGUAGGUCAGAAAAAAAGUUGUUGCUUUUCCAGCAAAUCUUUCUAUGCACCAUAUUGCAUUUGUAAUGUGAUGCACCAGCCAAAAUGUACACACCGGCUGAAGUGUGAAUGCUCCACACGCACACCAGAGUUGACGUGAUCCACAUUGCACCGCAGUUUUCAGAAUCAUUGCUUUAGCAUCGAUUCCUACACAACAAACUCGUUUUGAUGAGUCACUUGUUUUUGCCUACAAAUGAUAAUUGCUUUUACGCGAUUUCAAUGUUUUUUUUUUUUGCCUGUGGGGAAAAAGGAGUGUAAGCAUGUCGGUAGCACCUGAAGUUUCAGGCCAGGUGCUGGCAUUUGAUUUACUGUAGAGUUUCCUUGCAUGCUGAGGUUAUGAGGGGAGGAUUAAUGGUGGGGCGCAAUAUAUAUUACACGGGGCUACCUAGUGAAGCUGUGCAGCAAGGCCAGCCAUAAAUCAUCAUGGCAAAGUGACAUGGACAAGCUGAUGGCUGAAAUGCCGCCCUACGUAUAGUCCCGAUAUCCACUUUUCGCUGCGCUCUUCUCUUAAAUCAUGGAAUAUGGAAUAUAAAUGGCCCAAUUAUUCCAGAAGAGGGUGGAAUUAAAGUCAUGCGUUUUUAUUGCUUCCGCGGAACAGAUGGUGGUGUGAUUUUGAUAUUCAGUAUAUGCUGGCGACAAAUCCCUCGUGUGUGCACGACAGGUGGAAAAAUUGAUUCCGAUAAGGUUGCUGUUCUGAGCCGUGCGCCGGGUCAGCAUUGCAGACAUCUGCUGCUCAUCCUUUUGUCUUGAAAAUGCAUUUUCCAAACGUAAACUUGGCGGGGGAAAGAGAUGUUGACAAACAAAGGUAACGUGAUGUGGCAGACAAGAUUUUGCAUGAAAGAAAGCCAUUUUGGAGCUUUCUCCACACAUGCAUCGUCCCAUUAUUGCACUUCACGGUGCAGUGAGGCUCCACAGGCCCGUUUGCAGAUGUCAUAAGAGAUAGUCCUGUGGUUUACCAGCACAGCUAAAUGCAGCCACAAUUGUUUACUUGAAAAUCUAAACAUCUUAAUAGGAGCCGCUCACGAGUCCUUGGACCACUUUCUUUCCCUCACUUAAUUCCUAUCGUCUCUCCAGCAAUGCAAAGGCCGGCUAAGAGCGGAUGAGUCACCAAAGUCCAAGAAUACAAGCUUGAAGGGUGCACGAGUUGAUCAUUUGCGUGACUAGUGGCGGAAUAAACGCAGCUCUCUGCAAGUUCCUUCCAAUCCAGGACCACUAAGUUAUGGAUGUUGUUCUCUAAUGGAUCUUUCCAAAGCACCCAAAAGCCCUUAAAGGGAAUGAAAUGUAUUAUGAUGAUGAUGAUGAGUAAUACCACUGAUGUCUGUGAUG